UUUUGUGGAUAAAAUGCAGUGUUGCUCUUUGGAUCAAUAUUCGCGAAUCCUAAAUCCAUCACACUAUCAGCUCAAUUCGUCCUUCUUGUUGCUCCACUUUCCACAGUAAUUCCUGUUUCGAGCUUUUCCCUAUAGAGGGGUUUCUCUGUUAGAGUGAAUCGUAAUAGGUUUUCCCUUAAGUGAAAGCUUCAAUGGCUGAGACUGCAAAGUCCGAGAACAAGAAGGUGGAAGUCUUCGAAAAAGAUGAUCUGGCCGUGUCUUUGGCCAGUUACAUCGCCGAUUUGUCUAACAAGUUCACUAAGGAGAAGGGGUCUUUCACCAUCGUUCUGUCUGGUGGCACCUUGAUAGAUAAUAUCCGGAAACUGGUGGAACCUCCCCAUGUUAAUGGUGUUGAUUGGUCUAAGUGGCAUGUGUUUUGGUUGGAUGAGAGGGUGGUGCCAAAGACUCAUCAAGAUAGUAACUACAAGCUUGCUUAUGAUGGAUUUCUGUCCAAGGUGCCUAUUCCUCCGGGCAAUGUUUAUGCCAUCAAUGAUACCUUGCCGGCGGAGGGAGCGGCUGAUGAUUAUGAGGCAUGUCUCAGGCGGUUGGUCGAGAGCAAAGUGCUGCGGUUAUCAUCGGCCACCGGAUUUCCAAAAUUUGAUCUGAUGCUGCUGGGCAUGGGGCCUGAUGGGCAUGUAGCUUCUCUGUUCCCAGGGCAUCCUCUUGUGAAAGAGAGUCAAAGGUGGGUCACCUUCAUUAAGGACUCUCCAAAGCCUCCGCCGGAAAGAAUAACCUUCACCUUCCCGGUGAUCAAUUCUUCUGAUUACAUUGCAAUGGUGGUGACUUCCACUGGUGCUGGUGAAGAAAAUGCAGUUCAUGCUGCACUGGGAGGUUCUGAGAAUUCUGAUAAGCUGCCUGUUGAAAUGGUGUCACCUGAGGUUGAGCUAAAAUGGUUUUUAGACAAAGAAGCAGCUUCAAAGCUGUAGAUGCCUCGGCUAGGCAGUGAGUCUAUAUUGUGGGUCUGUAAUGUUCAUUCUGAUCUGAGAACAAGAAGGCCACUGCUGAAUAUUGACAUCUCAGUUUUAGAUUAUCGUAUCAUCCUUAUGGCUGCAAUAAGAGGACAGAUAAUUUGAGUGCUUAAUGAAGUUUAUGUGUUUAAAAAACCUCAUUA